AUGUUGGAACUGAGGCUAGUACAGGGAUCUCUCCUUAAGAAAGUCUUAGAGUCAAUCAAGGAUCUUGUCAACGAUGCAAACUUUGACUGCUCGUCAACUGGCUUCUCUCUCCAGGCCAUGGAUUCCAGCCACGUUGCCCUGGUGGCUCUACUCCUCAGAUCGGAGGGUUUCGAGCACUACCGCUGUGAUCGUAACAUGUCAAUGGGCAUGAAUCUUGGUAACAUGUCUAAGAUGUUGAAGUGUGCUGGUAAUGAUGACAUCAUUACCAUCAAAGGUGACGAUGGUAGCGAUACCGUCACUUUCAUGUUUGAAAGUCCCACACAAGACAAAAUUGCUGACUUUGAGAUGAAACUGAUGGACAUCGAUAGCGAGCACCUUGGAAUUCCAGAGGCAGAGUACCAUGCUAUAGUUAGGAUGCCUUCUGCUGAGUUUGCUAGGAUUUGCAAAGACCUUGCUAGCAUUGGUGAUACAGUUGUGAUCUCUGUGACAAAGGAGGGUGUUAAGUUCUCCACAAGAGGUGAUAUUGGAACUGCAAAUAUUGUCCUCAGGCAGAAUACCACAGUUGAUAAGCCAGAAGAUGCGACAGUCAUUGAGAUGAAUGAGCCAGUGUCAUUGACAUUUGCACUGAGGUACAUGAACUCCUUCACCAAGGCAACCCCAUUGUCAAACACAGUUACAAUCAGCUUGUCUUCAGACCUGCCUGUUGUGGUUGAGUACAAGAUUGCUGAAAUGGGUUAUGUCAGAUUCUACUUGGCUCCAAAGAUAGAAGAGGAUGAGGAUGAGACUAAACCUGAAACUUAA